AUUGUACAAUUUAUUUCGUACGUUAUUCUCUAUUUUUAUUGUAGGCCGACAGUGCUGUCGUUGCGUAUAGGGACUUGCUUACAUUGUCCAGUUUGUGCGAGCAUUUGUCGGCCUUGAGAUAUUAAUUUAGUGUCAGGUGCGGUAAAUUGAUGCAUCUGUCUCAUUCGAAUGGUUCAUUGCAUAAUGUUGGGGGCAGGUGCGCCCGCGGCUUUCCUACUGAAUGAUAAAGGUUGCUGAAAGGGUUACGGUUUGGGAGGCUGCGCUGUGCGAGAUUUCUUGAUCAUACGAGGCAUGCUUUCGCUUCCGGGCGAGCGGUCAGAGAUGUUACAGAGCGCACGGUGAACAUCCACAACGAUAGACCGAGCAUCGAUGCUUCGUGCAGGCAGGAUGGAAGAGUUUGUUACGGAGGAAGAUGAGCCAUGGUACGACCAACGGGAUUUGGAGCAGGAUCUGCACCUGGCAGCUGAGCUGGGGAAGACCCUUUUGGAGCGCAACAAGGAGCUGGAGGACUCCCUACAACAGAUGUACAUCAACAAUGAGGAACAGGUGCAGGAGAUCGAGUACCUGUCCAAGCAGCUGGAGAUGCUGAGGGAGAUGAACGAGCAGCAUGCUAAGGUCUACGAGCAGCUAGACGUGACGGCCAGAGAGCUGGAGAUCACCAAUGAGAAACUGGUUAUAGAGAGCAAGGCCUCGCAGCAGAAGAUAGACAGGUUGACUGUUACCAUGGAGACACUGCAGGCUCAGGUGGAUACCAUGACAGCUCGUGUGGAGGAACUACGUACACUAGAGGAGCUGAGGGUCCACAGAGAGAAGCGGGAGCGACGCAAGACUGUCCACUCCUUCCCCUGCCUUAAAGAACUCUGCACUGCACCAAAGUAUGAGGAUGGCUUCCUGGUGGCCAACCCCGGCAGUGUGGACCUGGUGUCUGAGCGUGAGCGCCGGCCCCUGGACGAGGAGAACGAGCGUCUUAAGGGUGUGGUCUCCUCCCUGAGGUCCGCCAUGGUGGCAGAACGGGGCCGGAGGGAGGGGGCAGAGAGGGAGUGCACAGCUGUGCUGGAGGAGUUUGAGCUUAUGGAACAACGCCUCCUGGGGGCUGAGGGCUGCCAGCUGCGAGUGCAGGAGCUGGAGGCAGAGCUACAGGAGAUGCAGCAGCUGAGGAGGUCCCGGGUCUGUCUGUUGGAUGAGGGUCUGGAGCAGACCCUACUCAGCAAUGCCCCUGAGACCGACACACCCGAGGAGGGACCGGGGCAAAAGGAGGGAGGGGAGGGGACGGGGGAGUCCGGGGGGACAGGAGGAGGAGGGCAGCAGGGAGGCCCCGUGAGGAAGAGCUGCAGCGACACGGCGCUCAACGCCAUCUCGGCCUGCGACGCCUCUGGCAGGCGACAGGGCAGCUACGCAAUCCACGCCAACGGUGUGCGCAAGCGGGGCAUGUCCAUCCUGAGGGAAGUGGAUGAGCAGUACCACGCCCUGCUGGAGAAAUACGAAGAGCUGCUGGGGAAGUGCCGGCGCCACGAGGAGAGCAUGUGCCACGCGGGGGUGCAGACGUCACGCCCUGUCUCUAGAGACCCCUCCAUGAAGGACUACGGCAUGGCCACGCCCGGCCCCUCAGCCAUGGCUGCUGCACCCACCACCCCGCCCCAGACCCCCUCCACCCCAGAGGCCCUGGAGGGCAUCAGCCGGCAGGUAGACCAGGUGGACAAGAGGCUGGGCCAGAACACCCCAGAGUACAAGGCCCUGUUCAAAGAGAUCUUCUCCCGCCUGCAGAAGACCAAGAGUGAAGUGAACUCCACCAAGGGAGUCCCCAAGGGUAGGAAGUCCCCAAGGGUAGGAAGUCCUAAGGGAAAAAAGUCCAAAGACAAAUGAGCAGCCUUUGUGAUACUACUGAACAUGACCUCUCCUGGUACUACUGAACAUGACCUCUCCUGGUACUACUGAACAUGACCUCUCCUGGUACUACUGAACAUGCACUGAAAUGGGUACAAAAGCCACAGUUUUCUUUUUCUUAAUUUGUUUCUCUUUGUUUGACCGUGUUUGUUCAAAGUGGUCACUUGAUGUCUUAAUGACAGGUUACCUGUACUUCUGCACUGGGGAACUGAUAGUCUACGGUGGAUGAUCCCCUCCGCUGUUAUAUCCAUCUCUCUGGAUACUGCCACGUUUUAUCCAUCUCUCUGGAUACUGCCACGUUUUAUCCAUAUCUCUGGAUACUGCCACAUUUCACCCAUCCCAAUAUGAAUGAAUUGUACAUCUGACGACAUUCAUCAUCUGGGUAGAUGAAAUGCCUUGAUUCUUGACCUAACUUAAGAUCAUUUAUGACAACCUAGUCGUGCACUAAAACCUGUUUGGCCCGUCUUUGGUCAAGACAAUCCAGUACAAUGUUUAAAUGACUGAGCGUGUAUACUGAGACUGCACUAAUUCUAUUUAAAAUGUAUAAAUAAUUGCCAUGUAAUGUUUUUGAUGGCGGACAAUGAAUAACAUGUGCAGAGCUAUUCAUAAAAUGUGUUUUAAAAAAACAAUCUAGUUAAAUAUUCCUGAUGUUCUCAAUGAAUAACACUGUUGCCUUAACAUCGUAGGCUUCACAUAUGCAUCUAUCCAACAUAUACAUUGGUUUUGAAAUCAGUAGACUUCAAUUGAGGGAGACCAUGGUACUCAAGGAAGUAGUAACUUGUUCUAAAAUACUGUAAAACUAUAUCAGUGUAUUGGUGAAUUUACCUUUUGUAAAAGGAUUCUCAAGAUGGAUAUGAUAAUGUUGUCUAAGCUAGAGAACUGAGGACCUCCUGAUGAUGCACUGUGUAGAAAUUGAACUCUCAACCACACUUGACUAAGCUACUGUAACUAUGUGCUCUCUAAGCACUGACUCAGACCAUGGGUACAUCUCCAUGACUGCUUAUUUCAAGUACACAAGGGGCUCUAGCUGCCCUCUUAUCAGUACUUUGGUUUUUCAUUUUAAUAUUUUCCUUGUUCUUUUCUGCUCUUCAUUGUGUACAAACUUCAUGUGAUCUGGUCUUCUAUACAUUGGUAGAAGACCAUCUAAAUGUCUAACAUUUGUUCUGUUCAAUGAGAAAGGUUGUUGGUGUGUUAGAUGGAGCAUGCAUGAUAGACGGGUAAAGAUGCUUUACAGAACGUUGUACUUUAGAGCUGGAUCAAUAAGAGAACAGUGUAAAAAGUAACAUGACUUUAUUGAUUAAAGACCAUGACCUCCAGUCUGAA